UGGCAUCUUUAAAAAAAAUUCUUAAAGAAUUGCAUUGUGUGAAAAAGAGAACAUUUUGAUUUUGCAUGCUUUGUUAAUAUAUAUUUUUAUUAUCAUUGUAGAAUGGCCAGUUCUGACCUAUUUUCUUCAUGACUGAUUUCAACAUUUUGAUAAGACUGCAAAGAUCUUUUUUUGGAAGAUGCAUCCAGAAAUACAGAAAAUGAGGGAAAUUGUCCUUAUUUACCUUGACAGAAGUGGUGGCCUUCAGAAAUUUGUGCAUGAUUGCAAAAAAUAUAAUGACUCAAAACAAAGUUAUGCGGUUUAUCGAUUCAUUAUUUCAAUAAAUCCUUCUGAUCUUGCUGAAUUAGAUGCAACUCUUGGAAACUACAUUCUUCAUUAUCCCAUACAAGCUGCACAGGUUUUUCAGUCAGUAUGUUUCGUAGCCAUUAAAACAUUAUCGUUAAUUGAACAAUUGCAGACAGAGGCCCAGAUUAGUAUAAUGCUGAAACCAACGCAUUUGCCACCUUUACCAAGUUACAUUCUGAAUCUUUCUGCAUUUCCCUUUGAUUACACAUCUCAAAGAUUUUAUGGGUCUGAAGGAAUAGUGAUUGCAAUGGGAACUGUAACAAAAUAUUCACAAGGAGCAAGAUUUCUUUGUACUGGGGAAACCUGCCCAUUUUCUGAAGGAUUUAGGUAUAUAAGAGUGCAUCUGCCUGGAGCUACGGAAUCUGCCACAGUGAGGAAUGAUUUUGUUUGUAGCUUGUGUUUUUCACCACUGCAAGAAGACAUGAAAUUUAGAGUACUUGGUGAUAAACAAAUAGUUGAAAUGAUUGAUGCGAAAGCACUGAGUGCUUUAAAAGGAUAUUCCAACAAUAAAUCACAUUUUAGGAUUCAGACUUUUACAGUUUUCUUGAGAGAUGAAUUGGCCAAUAGAAUGACAAUGGGAAACCACUACAAGAUCAUAGGAAUUCCAGCUUGUGUACAAAAUGGCUCACAAGCUACAGUAUGUAUAGAAGUCAGUAGUGUACAGCAGUGUGAACCAAAUGGUCCUGCUUUUAUCAGUGACAAUUUUAAGCAUCUACUGUCACUGACUUCAAGUUCAUGCUGGAGGUUUACAGGCAUACUUGCCAAUAUAUUUGCUUCUCAAGUUGUUCCACCAGGCACUUACAAUAUUCUCAAACUCACAAUAUUGCUGAGCCUAGUACUGACAUGUGAAAAAGACAACGAGAUAGCAGAUUACCUGGAUCUCUUGAUCGUGACAAGCGACACUGUAAUAAUUGAUAGGCUUCUGAGUUACAGCAUGUGUCUUCUGCCUCGUGGCAUACGACACCCAUUCGCUAGUGAAAUUUUUCCUGUUGUAUCCAAAGAUAAACACGGAACUGGAAGUGCCAGUAUUCAAGCCUGCAGUGCUCUACUGGCUAAAGGUGGUAUCUGCUACAUAGGAGACUUAUCUUCAUAUAAAAAGGAUAAACUUGAAUUUCUACAGUCAGUGCUGGAGAGCAGAACAACAACAAUAUUCAUUCCUGGGAAGAAGUAUGGAGAGGAAGCUGACCAACAAGUUACUAUUCCAGUUCAGACUAAUUUUUGGUCUUACAUAGAUGUGGAUGCUUCCUCAAAGAAACAUAUACAAAAGGAUAGCUCUUUAAUUGGACAGAUGGACUUGAGUUUGAUUUCACCUAGCCUUCUAGAUGGUUUUGGGCUUUUGAUAUACAAUGAAUUUCCUUCUUGUCAACUGUCUUUUCCUCUUGUGCAUCAUAUCUUGAAAAAAGCCAUUAAUCCUGAAGCAAUGCUGUACAGAGUCUCACAGCAGUUCAGAACACAGGAUUAUGAGGAGUUCAUUUUGUUUGCUAAGAAUCUUCAUGUUGAACUGAGUUCAGAAGCAGAAAACCUAAUUCAGGGCUACUAUCUUGCAAGUCGCAGAGUGAGAAGAGAUGCUAUUCAUGGAUCAAAAUUAACAGCAUCUGCACUGAAAAUUCUGAUUUCACUAUCUAAGGCUCAUACUAAAUUAAGUUUAAGAAAAAAAGUACUUAAAGAAGAUGCAUUGAUUGCCAUCUUAUUACUUGAAUCAUCUCUCACCCUAAAGCACGGUAAGUCUGCAUUAUGUGUAGCACCAAAUGCUGUAUUUCCAUUUGACCUCAAUGAUGAAAGCUCCCUACAAGAGAGAGAUAUUUACCUAAUGCAGUGUCACCAUCAACUGUUGAACUUUAUUGGUGCAUACAGCCCAGGAAUUCAUGUUACCACUAAUGAAGAGUGAAGAACCCAUCCAAAGUAAAGCCUGAAGCUUUUACUUUUUGACAGAUUGCAGGCGUGGAAAAAUACACAACUAAAGAUUUAAGAUUUAAAGAUUUUUGCAAGAUGUUCAGUGCCAUUCUGCUCUGGAAUAAAACAUAGCUGACAGGAUUUAACCACAAAUUCUGAGAGUAUCAUUUAAAGGCAGAAGUGAUGUUUUCAUUGUAAAAGGCCAUGACUUUGAGAAGACUUAGAGCCACAACCUGAACUUCUACUCUUGCUGAUCUGUGUUCAUCCAUAGUUGAGUGACAGGAGUAAAGAAGAAUUUUUAAAUAAGGCACUGCAACUAACAAUUAAACCAAGAGUUCAGAAUCUGCUGUCUAACUAUGUGAACUUCCUGUAGUUUUUCUUGUUGCUUCUUUUCAAGUCUAUCACCUAGUGAGGUGUUUAUAGUUUUAAGUACAUUAAAAAUAAUUUUCUAGUAUAAGACAACCUGAUUACUCAUGUUGUAUUUUUUUAAAUAUACAGAAGUAU